AUGGUGGCAAAUGCCCUGGCAGUGGCCGUUUCUGGGUAUUCGGAUAUCCAGUUCCAUCCCACUUAUAGUCAUUAUGGUCAUGGACUUGGAGGAUAUGGCUUAGGACAUCAUGGACAUGGAAAAAUCGGAAUAGCUGUUAGCAAACGUUAUUUCCACAAAUAUCAUCUUCCUCAUAUCCAUGGAGUGGGACUUGGAUUGGGUGGUGGACACGGACACGGUUUAGGUGGAAUUGCAGCUCUUGGAGGUCAUGGACUCGGUGGAGGACAUGGUCUAAUAGGAGGACACGGGCUUGGUGGACACGGACUUGGUGGACAUGGACUUGGAGGUCUUGGUGGUGGUCAUGGGCUUGGAGGUCUUGGAGGCGGUCAUGGGCUUGGAGGAUACGGUCUUGCAGGAAUUGGAGGUGGACACGGACUACACGGAUAA